AUGCAGGAGAUCCCAGCCGGGAUAAUGACUACCACCGCUCCCGCUAUGGCCGCGAAGAACCUGUCGGCAGCAGCAGCAGCAGCAGCAUUCCCGGAUGCGUCCUCCGUUUCCCCGAACCGAUCGCCGGACACACCGGGCGAAGGGGAGACCGAUGAGCCGGUGAGGAAAGUCGCACCAAGAUCCGAGGUGGCGGCGGCGGCAACGGCAUCCAUCGGCGGUGGCCCCCGGGCGGCGGCGGCCGGGCCCGCCGGCGACCUACAAGCCCAAACGGCGACGCCUGUCAUGCCGGCGGCCCCGAAUCAGGAUGUACCAUGCAACGGUUCGAACGGCGGGGGCGUUCCGGAGGUUGGUGCUGCUAUCGGUCCGGUGCGCCAGAACGAAAGUGGGAUCCGAGAAGAGGGGGCCCGUGAAUCACGUGAGCAGGGGGCGUUCUGUGAUGAGUGGAGGCCGGUGGCGCUGGGGGUGGGGCGGAAAGGCGGUAGCGGAGGAGGGGACGGAGACGAAGAGCGGGACAAGUGUGGGAGCAAGGUGGCCGCAGCGGGGACGUCUUUCUCUGGGCCACACGGCGGAAGGGCGGCAGCGUCGGGAGAACAAGCUUCUACGGGAGCAACGGCGGAAACAGCAGCGGCAUCAGGCGCAGAGACCUCCUCUCCCUCGGUGUGGGAUCUCGACUCGCUAGACUUCGAGGAAGAGCAAGAUCAAGAGAUGGAGGAGGCCCACACGGACGGCGACCACGAGUCAGAAGGGGUUGGGUGCAAUCGGCGAACCAAGCCGGAGAGCCACAACAGCAGGCGGCAAGACAGAGGCAGGAAAAUCACGGCCACCCUACAAGCGAACCACCAGGAGGAGAACAUAGGCGGCGACGCGAAUGGACCCGCCGGCGCCGACGAGCGGCCACGAAAAAUCGCCCGUGCCGGGGUUUCCAUUGCCGAACGACCCGCAGGCGGAGUGUCCGCCGCCACCGCCGCCGCCGCCUCGAUUGUACUGACAGGACCGACACCAAUCCGCCCGGUGGCAGAUUGUGGUAUCCUCCGCACGCAACCGCUCGAGUCGGCCAACAAGAAGCUAGAGUCUGGUGAGAAGGGUGAUGGUGGCUGUGGAGGAGGGGGAGGAGGAGCGGGGGCGGCAGCCGCUGCGGUGGAGGCGGCGGCGGCAGCGGUGGCGACGGCGGUGCCGUACAACCGGGCGAGGGAGCUCAUGCCGCCCCCGCCGCCCAACAUCACCCGCGCCAAGAUGCGCCGCCGCAGGUCUCGAGUGUCCCUGAUGCACUCCGCAAGGUACCAGCGACUGUGCGGUCUCCUCGAGAGGCACAACCGGCGGGACGACCUGCUGUACGCUAUGCUCGGGGCGUGUGGCCUGCCGGAGAGGCUCAGCAUCGUUGCCCCAGCCAGAGCGACCGACGUCCACCUUCGCGCCUACCACGACAGGGACUACGUCGAGGCUCUCCGAAAUGCUCCGUCGGAUGUGAAGACUCUGGACGAAUACGGCCUAGUGGAGGACUGCGAGGUAUUUGAGGAACUGUACGAGCAUUGCUGCGCCGUGGCCGGGGCCUCUCUACACGCCGCCGAUCGCCUGUGCAGGGGGGACGCAGACGUGGCCAUCAAUUGGGGGGGUGGCCGGCACCAUGCGAAGAAGGGAGAGGCGGCCGGGUUCUGCUACGUGAACGAUUGCGUUCUGGCCGUUCUGCACCUCGCCAAGACCUUCGACACCGUGCUAAUCAUCGAUAUCGAUGUGCACCAUGGUGACGGGGUUCAAGACGCUUUUUAUAUGUCCAACAAGGUGAUGACGAUGAGCUUUCACCACGUUUCGAAGGGAUUUUUCCCCGGCGCCGGUCAGUGCUCGGAAACGGGAGCGGGAAACGGGCGUGACUACAACCUCAACAUUCCUCUCAAAGAAGGCUGUGGAGAUGCCUCCUUUCUUCGAGUCUUCACGAGCGCCUUCCAGGCCGUCACCGAGGCUUUCCAGCCGGAGGCGGUGGUUCUCCUGUGCGGGGCGGACACCCUGUCCGCGGACCCCCUCGGUCCCUUCAACCUCACCUCAGCCGGCGUUCGGUCCUGCCUGGAGCUGGUAAUGGCGCUGGAGCUACCGCUUCUGCUCCUCGGGGGCGGCGGCUACUGCCCCACUGACACCGCGCGGCUGUGGACGUCGCUGACGGCUGCGGCGGUGGGGGCAGACGCCCUGGCGGCCCUCCCUGCGACGGUUCCGGACCACUGCUACUUCCCGCUGUACGGGCCGGAUUUCCGCAUGGCCACGAAGGAGAAGACUCUGCCGGACAAAAAUGACGACGAUUUUCUCGACAGGCUGAGUGACUUUGCUGCGCAAGCCGGGCGACGGGUACGGGCCGCGAAAAAGAAGCGGGAGCGAUCGUUGGGUUUCGAUGCUUUCGAUUUCAGACAAGGACCUUCGGACUCCUGGUGAAGAAGAAAAAGACAAGACGUCGGAAACGACAAUUGACAGUCCCAGUGGGAAAUUCUGUUCCGUGGGAAGCACGGGUCGAACCGUCACCUGCACCAGGCUGGUAUUUAACCGUCACCGGAACCAUUUUGAAGUUGGCUUCACUUCUGUUGUUUUUGUGCUUUGGUGUUGUGAUUAUUGUGUGGUUACGGUAUUUAUCACAAUUCGCUGUGUUUGGGUCGGAGAGAAAUUUGGAUGGUUUGUUUCGAGAUUGACGCAUGCUCAGGGUGGUAACGUUUCCGCGGAAAAUUUAUUGUGCUAGAAUCAGUUUCUUCGUGAGUCGUCUUGUUCAACAUCGUUUAAUCAUGUUUGUCGUUUCUUCUGGCGCCCGCGGGACUUCGGCUGGCAUCUCCGUUGAUAGAACCGUUUGAUGGAUGACGUUUGCUUGUUGUGGUACGGUCCGCUCAUAGGACUUGCGUAAAAUAUCUCGUUUAUUGGUGGGUGUGGUGUCGUGGUGCUUGCUUGAUCUGUGGAGAUUUGAUGUUGGCACAUCUUCCCGCAAGGAAUGCAUUGCCUGGGACUGUGUUCAGCUCGAGUUGUUUUUUCAUUUCUUCCGAAAAUAGGACGAGAUUGGCAAGGGAACGCAGACACUCGUGCAGAAAAGAACAGUUUCUUGAUCAGCGACGACCGCAUUGAUCAUUUGAAACGUCUGCUUUGAGAUCAGGAACGCCUGUGUUGAACUUUU